AUGACUUCACUUAUAAAGGAAGAUCUAGCAAACAUAGCCAACAGUACGAUUGGGAGACACAGAGCAAUACUGAGAAACUCGGGAGACGCAGCCCUGUCACCGGGAGAAACGGCAUCAUCAGCUAAAUAUAUCACCUCGGGUGAUAGCGACGAGGACCUCCUCGGUGAAAGCUCAAACGACGAUAUCGCUGAAACCAGCGAAGAAGAGACUGAGACCCGGCAUGCGUGUACAUCUUGUACGGAAGAGUAUCCACUGUCGAAUAUUUUCCAAACGGAAUGUGCCCACAACUAUUGCCGCGAAUUUAUUCUGCGCCUUUCUGAAAAUUCCCCUACGAACGAAUCCUUGUAUCCUCCUCGAUGUUGCCGCCAGCCAAUUCGUGCCCCUACCGCCGUCGAGGAUAUGAUAGGCAUUGAGAUGACGAAGAGAUCCAAAGAACGGAAGACCGAAACCAGCGCCUCUGAGAGAACUUAUCGCUCGAACAAAACCUGCGCUCGCUAUAUCCCGCCACAUAACAUCCGUCGCGGGGUGGGAAUCUGUCAGUUCUGUACGGCUCGAACGUGCGCCGGUUGCAAAAAGCAGGGACACAGAGGUGAUUGCAACUACGAGGAUACCAAUAAGCAGAGAAUUGCUCGUGAUGAUGCGAAGGCCAAUAAUGAGAGGGCCAAUGAUGUGUUGCUGGAAGAACUAGCAAAGAAAAAGAAGUGGCAACGAUGCCCGAAUUGCUCUAGAAUGAUAUAG